AUCUACUAAAAAACAAAACAUUCGUGUUUGUUGUAGCGUUCUGACUUUAGCCGAGGCAGCUGGAGUGGUUACAGAGAUUAUUCCGCGCAAGUCGACAAUUAUACCAGGGUCUUGGCACGAUGCUGAGCGCCGCCGCGGCAGAGAGGAACAAGGACCCCAUCCUGGCGGUUCUCCGGGACUGCGUGAACCCCGGCAGACCCCUGCAGGCUCUGGAGGUCUCCUCCGGUACCGGACAGCACGUCGUUCACUUCGCACAAGCUUUGCGGAACAUAACCUGGCAACCCUCCGAGUAUGACCGCCAGUCUCUUACCAGUAUAGAAGCGUACAGAGCUCACUACAAGCUAAACAACGUGCAGCCUGCCAUCCACCUGGAUGCUUCUCAGCCUCAUCAGUACUGGGGAGGGAUUCAGCCAGAGAGCCUGGACCUGGUGCUCAACAUCAACAUGAUCCAUAUUUCUCCUAUGGCUUGUACAGAGGGUUUAAUCAAAGGGGCUGCAGCGCUGUUGAAGCCGCAGGGUCUUCUUUUGACAUAUGGGCCGUAUGCAGUGAAUGGUCAGAUCACCCCUCAGAGUAAUGUUGACUUUGACUACAGUUUACGGCAGAGGAACCCAGAGUGGGGACUCAAGGAUAUUUCUUUUAUCAGCUCCUUAGCCCAAAAACAUGGUUUAUUCCUUGAAAAAAUAGUGGAAAUGCCAGCGAACAACAAAUGCUUAUUGUUCAGGAAGGAGAGUUUGGUGUGAGGUAUCCUGAUGUUACGUCUCUGCAUGAACUCCCAUUUUGGAGCAGRAGGAUCAAAAUGCCUUAAAUGAAACUUUAGGCACAGAUAUGUGACUCAAUCUUUUUAAAUCGCAAAUGGAUCAAGUUACAUCUAUUAUUAAACCCACACUGAUUAAAAUUCA